UCUCCUAUCUCCGUGCUCGCGGGGGUGGCGGGCGGGCCUCCUGCGUUGACGAAAACCUGCCCAGAAACGGUGUGGACGGUGUGGUUUGCAAAACAGGCAUUCUGACCGCUGACGGGACCGAUACAAGUCAAAUCUGGGCUUCCCCCGCGCCUCCGCGCGACGUCACCGCGGUCGCGAUGGGUGUAGCGAGGUCACUCCUACCACGUGACUCGCGCUCGCGCACCUCGUGACUGAUCGAUCGAUCGCGUUAUCUCACUACUGGCUCGUCGCCCCCGCGACUCUCGUCACGGCCGCGCUUUCAGGGUUGGCGAUAAGAAGCGGAACGAAGUUGACACCUGGCGGCGGAGCGUCUUCGACGCUCCUGGAGUAAAGUCCACUUGUGAUCGUCCCCGCGGCACGUUACUUCCAACAACCCACGAAGAUGGGCUCGCUUUUCCGCAGCGAGGAGAUGACUCUGUGUCAGCUGUUCCUCCAGAGCGAGGCAGCGUACGCCUGCGUCUCCGAGCUCGGCGAGCUCGGUCUGGUGCAGUUUCGCGACUUGAAUCCCGACGUCAAUGCCUUCCAACGCAAGUUCGUCAACGAGGUGCGCCGUUGCGACGAGAUGGAGCGCAAGCUGCGCUACCUGGAGAAGGAGAUCAAGAAGGACGGCAUCCCGAUGUUGGACACCGGCGAGAACCCGGAGGCCCCGCAGCCCCGGGAGAUGAUCGACCUGGAGGCGACCUUCGAGAAGCUGGAGAACGAGCUGCGGGAGGUGAAUCAGAACGCCGAGGCGCUGAAGCGCAACUUCCUGGAGCUGACCGAGCUGAAGCACAUCCUGCGCAAGACUCAGGUCUUCUUCGACGAGGCUGAGCAUGGAGGUGUCGUGUCGCAGAUGGCAGACCCCAGCCGUGAAGAAGAGCAAGUCACUCUGUUGGGUGAGGAGGGCCUCCGCGCCGGCGGCCAGGCUCUCAAGCUCGGCUUCGUCGCGGGAGUCAUCCUGAGGGAACGCAUCCCCGCGUUCGAGCGCAUGCUGUGGCGUGCGUGCCGUGGAAAUGUCUUUCUGCGUCAGGCGGAGAUUGAGACCCCUCUGGAGGAUCCUUCGACGGGGGACCAGGUGUACAAGUCGGUCUUCAUCAUUUUCUUCCAAGGCGAUCAGCUGAAGACUCGCGUGAAGAAGAUCUGCGAAGGCUUCAGGGCAACCUUGUACCCCUGCCCGGAAGCGCCAGCUGACCGCAGGGAAAUGGCCAUGGGUGUUAUGACUCGCAUCGAGGAUUUGAACACUGUCUUGGGACAGACGCAGGACCAUCGUCAUCGUGUCCUCGUGGCCGCCGCGAAGAACAUCAAGAACUGGUUCAUCAAGGUCCGCAAGAUCAAGGCGAUCUAUCAUACCCUGAAUCUUUUCAACUUGGAUGUCACUCAGAAGUGUCUGAUCGCCGAAUGCUGGGUGCCUGUCCUGGACAUCGAGACUAUCCAAUUGGCGUUAAGACGUGGGACGGAACGCAGCGGGAGUUCUGUUCCUCCUAUUCUGAACCGCAUGGAGACGUUUGAGGAUCCACCGACGUACAAUCGAACGAACAAGUUCACGAAAGGAUUUCAGGUGCUGAUCGACGCUUAUGGGGUCGCGUCUUAUCGCGAGAUGAACCCCGCACCCUACACCAUCAUUACUUUCCCGUUUCUGUUCGCGAUAAUGUUCGGUGACUCUGGCCACGGCCUCAUCAUGUUCCUGUUCGGUGGCUGGAUGGUGCUGAAGGAGAAGCCACUGGCGGCUAAGAAGAGCGACAACGAAAUCUGGAAUAUUUUCUUCGGCGGCCGAUAUAUUAUCUUUCUAAUGGGCAUGUUCUCUAUGUACACCGGUUUAAUUUACAAUGACAUAUUCUCCAAGUCGCUCAACAUCUUCGGCUCGAACUGGGUGACAAACUACAACACCAAUUUCGUCCGGCAAAACAAAGAGAUGACGUUGGAUCCGAAUUCGACAGAUUAUGUCGAUUAUCCGUAUCCGUUCGGCAUGGAUCCGGUGUGGCAGCUGGCGGACAAUAAGAUCAUCUUUCAAAAUUCGUACAAGAUGAAAAUCUCCAUCAUCUUCGGCGUGCUGCACAUGUUGUUCGGCGUGAUGGUGGGACUGUGGAAUCACAUGUACUUCAAGAAGCGCAUGAACAUUACCUGCGAAUUCGUGCCGCAGAUAAUCUUCCUCUGCGUGCUGUUUCUCUACAUGGUAUUUCUCAUGUUUUUGAAAUGGAUCAAAUACGGCCCGAAGAACAACGAGUUCGAAGGUCCUGGCUGCGCACCUUCGGUCCUCAUCACCUUCAUCAACAUGGUCCUCUUCAAGCCUGCCGUCAAAAUUGGCAAAUGUGACCCCUACAUGUACGGCGGUCAGGACGGCUUCCAACACUUUCUGGUUGUCGUGGCCCUGCUCUGCGUACCGUGGAUGCUGCUGGCGAAGCCGGUCUUGAUGAUUCGCAACCGUAGAAAGCAGCACUACCAGCUCAACAACCACGGUGCUGAGAACGGCGACGUGGAGGCCACUAUGGGGGCUCUACAGCAGAGCGGAAAUGUUACUCAGAGUGCUGGCGGUCACAAGGAGGAAGAGGAAGACAUGGUGGAGGUGUUUAUCCACCAGGGCAUCCACACCAUCGAGUACGUUCUCGGCAGUGUGUCGCAUACCGCUUCCUACUUGCGUCUCUGGGCCUUGUCUCUGGCCCAUGCCCAGUUGUCCGAGGUGCUGUGGAACAUGGUGAUGAGAAACGGUCUAGCGAGGGAGGGCUGGGACGGAGGUAUUGUCCUCUACGCCGUCUUCGCCUUUUGGGCGGUGCUCACCGUAGGCAUCCUUGUACUCAUGGAGGGCCUCUCUGCGUUUUUGCACACGCUUCGUUUACAUUGGGUGGAAUUUCAGAGUAAAUUCUACUCUGGUUUGGGCUACAGCUUCCAGCCGUUCUCCUUUGAAAUCAUCCUCGAUGCUGCACAGGCCACUACCGAGGAUUAAAAUAAUUAAUCGUCGUUAAUUAAUAACUGGUCUUGACUAUUAUUAGUACGAGCGCGAGGACGACGUGAAUUCAAUAGCUGCUCGUUCGAACAAGUCAGUUAUGAAUAGUCAAUGAACGAGGUGUCCCUUUAUGAAAAGUAUGUACGUAGAGUAUCGAUUAUAAUAAUCGAUCCAAGUACGGAAAUUAUUUCCUUCUCAUCUUGUGUAGUCUUCUAAUUAUAAACAAAACGUUGAACAAAUCGCAAGAUUCGUAGCGCACAAGAUCAUGACAGAGAAAAUAUAUUCUCGCGAUAUUAUGAGUUUCUUCCCUGGUUGAUUAGAUAACAAUCGAAUUUAGGAUCUAAAGUCCUUUCUCCCUAAAUGUCGACCCGUACCCUUUCUCGUCCACCGUCGUCUAAUAUUAGAAAUCUUGCAACUUUCAAAACCUUUAUGCGAGCAGUGCCGAAUUCUCGGUGCACGCUGUAGAGCCUGUAGAUCUGAAAACAAUUGUAUGUCGUGUCGACGACCAAUUGAUGUUCCAUAUAUCUGUACGUAAUAAAAAAACAAUGUGGCAUGUUGAAA